AUGGCCGCCCUCCGACCUCCAUUCACACUGAAGACCGCGCAUGAAAAGGUCAAAUUCGCCCAGAACAUGUGGAAUUCCCGUAACCCGGCCCAGGUCUCCAACGGGUACACGAGCGACUGCAUCUGGCGCAACCGCACCUCCUUCAUCCGCGGCACCCCUCAGAUCAUCGACCUGCUUACCAAGAAGUGGGAGAAGGAGGCCUCCUACCGGCUCCGAAAGGAGCUGUUCGCCUUCACGGACGACAAGAUUGCCGUGCAGUUCUGGUACGAGUAUCAGGACAGACAUGAUGGCAUGAAGUGGAAGAGGUGCUACGGAUUGGAGGAUUGGACUUUUGAUCGGGAAACCGGGAAAAUGAGGAAGAGACAGAUGAGUGGCAAUGAUAUCUUAUUGGGGAAGAAUGGGGACGGGGCCGCCGUGCCAGAGGAGGGGAUCGAAGGGAGGUGGUUCGUCGACGGCGUAGACGUUGACGACGGCAGUGUCACGGCCAAGAUUACGGAGGCUCAUUGGUGA